UAUUAUUUUCCUUAUACGUGACUUUACCGAAAGAACCAAGAUGAAUCCCUGCAGUCACGAAAGCUUUAAAUCGAAAAAUGCAUCGUGCGUUCAUUUGGGAAUUGGCGACAAAUGUGUACAGUGCAACACCUGCGACGAUUGUGGGUAUGAAAAGUGAUCGGGAAAACGCGAAGUUCACUCAGUGCGUUACAUGACGUCGGCAAUACGCCGCAGACAAUUGUCACCAUGAAACGACAUACGAUGACGUAAUCAAAAAGUCGAAUCGAUUCCCACUGCCAAGCCGGAUCUAUAGAUUCCCACCCGAGCACGACAUCGUGUGGAAUCGCCAAUCUCUGACUUGCGGAUUCGAUCCUCGCCGGUUCACUGGCGGCGCGCGCCGAGGGCGGGAAAGUUGAGCGCGAGACGCGGCGACCGUGAUGGCGGCGCAGGAUCAGCAGCAGCGGCGUCUGUUCUGCAGCGCCGUGUCGCUCCUGUUGAGGGCCAAGGACUGCGACGACAGGAGAACAGACAUCAGAGUAACAGUUGAGCUGCAAUCCGUUGCCAGCCCGAUCCUCAAGAAGGAUCUCACAGUGAGGCUAACAGAUGACACGGACCCCUUCUUCCUCUAUAGCCUCAACCUUGGAGAUGAAGACUUCCAGAGCCUUAAGAGUCAGCAGGGCCUGCUAGUGGACUUCACAUCCUUCCCGCAGAAGUUCAUCGACCUCCUGCAACUCUGCAUCCAGGAACAGGACAAAGAUGUGCCUCGGUUCCUGCUGCAGCUGCAAUGUCCAGGUGCAGCAGACCGUGGCAGCACCGCCUACCUCUCAGUGGUGGAGACGAACCCUUUCAAGCACUUGACGCACCUCUCUCUAUGUUUGCUCUCCGCCUCCGACGGCGAUCUUAAAAAGUACCUGGCUUCCUGCCUGCGCAGCCUCAAGAAUGAGAAUGCUGCGCUGGAGACCAGGUUACAGAAAACCGAAGAGGACCUAACAAAGAGACUCGCCUAUGCCCAGCAAACCCUGGCAGAGCGGAGCCGUGAGCUGGAGCGCGUGCGAGCUGAGUGGUCGAGCCAAAUGAGCGAGAUCUCCUCGCAGCAUGGACGCGAGAUUGCCACACAGAGAGACAAAUUUCAGCAGGUGGAGGAGGAGGGCCGGCGCCGGCACGAGGAGGAGCGACGCGAACUGGAAGCCGAGCAGCGGCGCUUACGCUCGCAGCUGCAGCAGCGGACGUCGCAGGCUGAGGCCUCUGCACGGGACGCUGCCGAGCGGCACCGAGCAGCUGACACGGCACUCAGGGAUGCACGCACCAGGAUCGGUGCCCUCGAGGAGGAGAGUGCUCGGGUUCAGCAGGAGGCAGCGUCGCUGCGCCGUGAGUCUGGCGCACAUGAGUCUGAGCGUCGUGAUGCCGAUGCAGCGUUGGUGGCCCUGCGCUCACGUGUGAGCUCACUCGAGCAGGAGGCGAGAGACAAAGAGCAGCUCGUGCAACGCAUGGGGCAAGCGCUCGACACCACGCGGCAGCAGCAGAAAAAGCUGGAGGAGAGUUUGGAUGAGAAGCAGACGCAGGGGGGAAAGCUUGAGACGACCAUCAAAUCGCUCUCCGAGGAGCUGCUCAAGGCAAAUGACAUCAUCAAGCGUUUACAGGCCGAACUGAAGGCCCAGGCGGGCAAAGUGCGCCUCAAGAACGCUGUCACCACACAGCAGGAGAAGCUGUUGGCGGAGCGUGAUGCCGGCCUCCAGCGCGAGCGCCAGGAAACCGCUGAGCUGCGUAUCGCGCUGUGCAACAAAGAGGAGCAGGCUGCAAAACUGAGCGAGCAGUUAGAGGCGACAGUGGAGAAGUUGGAGGAAAGUAAACAGCUACUGAAAACCAACGAGAAUGUGAUUUCAUGGCUCAACAAGCAGCUCAAUGAGAACCAGGGCACUGGCGUGGGGGGACGGGCUGGGGCCAGGGAGCGGCAGAGAGACGACGACGCUGCCCUGGUGUACCGCCCAUGCCACCCAGCUCAGCCCCCGGCCACUUCGAUGGGGUUGGGGUCUCCACUCACAGGCAUCCCAAUGCGGAACUUCACCGUCAAACACAGGCCUGGCGCCCAGAUGGUCACCACAAGCACACCACUGUUGGAGGCGCCUUCUCACGGAGGCAGUGGGGGGGUACUCCCUCUCACAACGACGGCCCCCCUUUCUGCCUUCCCUAGCCGAAAUCUGAGUGACCCAGUCGGCCUGGAUGCCAAGUAUCUACAACGACGUGACGGUUCUAUUCCUGUGCGGGGGGUGACUGGUUUGGCCAUGACACGUCCAAUGGCUCCGAAACCAGGACCUCCACCUUUGUCUUCCUAUUUCCCAGCAACAGCUACCACCACCCAGCAGCAACAGCUGCAUUUGCAACAGUCAGCAUCCUGACAUCUCUGUGCCACUGACACAGAAUUGAUGCACAAUCUUGCAACUUGGUGCUGUGUUGGCUCGCUCACUCCAUCCAUUUCCACAAGUUAGAGAAUUGUCGUCUCUAUCGGACACUAAUGUGUUGCUAGGAUAAUUUUUCCGGUUUUAGUUUCCAGUUGGCUCUGCCAGUUGGUGGUUGUUUAAUGGUCGCCCGGAGUGAGACAUCCGUGAAGGAAAGGAAUGCCUGAGGAAAGAGCAAGUGUCGGGUUUUCAAGUUAUAGGUUUAUUUUGUUUUAUCAGGCGAUAACUCAAGAGUGACUGAUGAAAGAAAUUACAUAAAAAAUACAGCAGAGCAAAAACAACCAAAUAGAAAUGGCAACAAAAACCAUGUUGCAGAAUAAAUCAAACAGUGCACAAACAAAAAUUGUUGGAUUGGACAAGUUACUUCUAAAAAUACUCGAGUAAAAUUGCCCAAUCCAGACUUUGUGUACAUUCUCAGCUUGGUGAAAAUCUGAGCAGUACUGGUUGAAACAAGGAGAUAAGAACCUUCCUGGGAUUGAGAAUUCCGGUAGCGGAAGAGGGUGGUGCGUUGCUAAAAUUGUAAGUGGAUGAUUCGUUGACGGGUUUUGUUUUAUGUUAAAUACCUGGCAGAUACAGUGUAUCCCAUAACUACAUAGCCAUCCUUGCACCACUAUUCAUGAUGUCCACAAUUCUAGACGUGAUUAUUUUGCCUGCAUUUAUAAUUAAACAUAAUUUAUACAAAGUACACUAUCAGAAUUUAAACGGUGUAAUGAUUAUACAGCCUAAAAGGUAGUAAUUUCCUCCUCGCAUAAGCAGAGGCGGUGUGCAACUCCUGUUUCCAGUUCUGAGCAAGCUGUGGAAGUUCCACACUCCUGUUGCAAAGGAGAUUGCAUCUGACAACCACUUGCCGUUCCCAAAGAGUGGUUCUCAAUUUAUAGACAACGGAAGGAAGAUGCGCGAAGUCAACCACCAACCUGGAUUUCCACUCGCAAGCUUCCAAUUGCAAACAGCUCUACCACUGAGCUACCUGGCAAGUUAUACAUUGUAUACAAAAUGUUCACGACUAUACGUAUGUGUGAUUUAUUUAAAGAUGACAUCUUUGAGAUGCACUGUAGACAUUUUAACAAUACUAUACUAAGGUUUUAAAUAUAUACCCAAGAGAGCCACAAGACUUUUUAAUAUUCCACUUGCCAACGUAUAGCUGCUUUCUAGUGUUUAGACUUUAUAUCCGAGCACUUUUUAUUUUAAGAAAGCUGGUGUAGCCUGAGAAUACCCACAUGUACCAGAGUAGGGCACACUCAAAAUUUGGCUGCCCCAAAAUCUGUCAUUAACCUGCUUGCUGUACUGCCUCCAUCAUGCACAAUAAAAAAAAAACUAAGUGUACAUGAGCAUCUCGCCCUCGUAGUGUCCAUGUUUUUCACCAUUUCACAGUGUACCAAAGCCAAGUACGUUCAUUGUAAUGAAUGCACAAGCGGUUCUAAAUGGCUUUUUACAAAAACCCUGCACAUUCCACCCGCUGCCACCCUUCAAAUAAGAUUACUCCUCCACAUGUAUCCAUUAUUAGGCUUCAGUGCUGAGCUUUCUUGCAUUUUUCAAAGUUGGCAGCUGUAGCUGAAUGAAUUAAGCAAAAUAUUAUUGUCUCCUGGCAAUUGGUGUCGACUUGUGUGCUGUAUGGAAUAUCACUUGGCUUGUAACUGCUUUAUUUUUUAAAUAUUUUUUGUCAAUUAUAAAAGUGUAUCCUUUUAAUAAUAAAGCACAACUGACUUAUGAAAACGAAA